GAAUGCAAAUAUAUAAGAUUUUUGAUAAAGUAUAAUUUCUGAAAAUACUAAGUUCUUUUUAUACUACGUAGAGUGCGUCUGAAUUUUAUUGCACUUGAAUAAAAAAGAGUUGAGCGGGUCACCGGUUACAGCAGCCCAAUAAAAAUGUCAGCCGAGCAAAUAAUCGAUUUGGUGAGUGAUGAAAACGACGAUGUGAUUGUGAUUUAUGAUAGUCCAAGAAGAAACAACUCCGGUGAAGAUGCUACAUCGCCGGAUGUGGUCAUGGAACCAGAUUCGGACGAGACGCCUCUAGUAGAGACGGAUGACCUUAUUCCGGUUGAUAUGGAUAUUGAAGACAACACUAUAAAUAACCAAACUUUGGCCGAAGAAAAGAAGAAUGCUGGAAACGAGCAAUACAAGAUAAAACGGUAUGAUGCAGCACUCAGUCUCUACACCGAGGCUAUCAAUCUUUGCCCGGACACUCCGGCAUACUAUGGAAACCGUGCAGCCACAUACAUAAUGCUCGGCGACUACAAGUCAGCCUUGAGGGAUGCCAAAAUGGCAGUCAGCCUAGACGAUAAAUUCGAAAAAGGCUACAUGCGGAUCGCCAAAUGUUGCCUGAUGAUGGGUGACUUGGUUGGUACGGAACAAGCUAUCAAGAAAUUUCUGGAGAUCGAUCCGGUGAACCAAAGCUUGAAGCAUGAGGUGCUUGGUCUGAAGCAGCUGCGUGAAAUUAACGAAAAAGCUGCCAGUUGCUAUGAUAAGCAAGAUUAUCGGACAUGCUUGUAUCAUUGUGAUAAUGCUAUCAAGAUCGCACCCGCCAGCAUGCAUUAUAAAUUGCUAAAGGCAGAAUGCUUGGCUAUGUUGGAGCGAUUCGAUGAAGCAGGAGAUAUUGCGAUCGGCAUAAUGCACUCCAAUUCUACCAAUGCCGAUGCCAUUUAUGUCCGUGGACUUACGCUCUACUAUAGUGACAAUUUGGAAAAGGGACUGUUACACUUUGAAAGAGCCCUACAACUGGAUCCGGAUCACAAGAAAGCAAAGAUAAUGAGAGUCAAAGCGAAACAGUUGAAAGAACGAAAAGAGAAGGGCAACGAGAUGUUCAAGGGAGGUAAUUUCAAAGAUGCACUUGCGGUUUACACUGAGGCGUUGUCGCUGGAUCCUAUGAAUAAGGACAUUAACAGUAAACUCUAUUAUAAUCGUGCAUUAGUUCACUCUAAACUCGGCAGCAUUAAGGAUGCCAUUGCCGAUUGUAGCUCAGCUCUUGUCAUAAACGAAAAAUAUAUGAAAGCGCUAUUGCAAAGAGCAAAACUUUACUACAACUUAGAGAAUUUUGAAGAAUGCGUUAAAGAUUAUGAAAAAGCUCUUAAAUUUGAAAAAACCAUGGAAAUUAAGAACUUACUAAAGGAUGCCAAACUGCAACUGAAAAAGUCGAAGCGGAAGGAUUACUACAAAAUCUUAGGCGUCUCUAAGCAAGCAUCGGAGGACGAAAUCAAAAAAGCGUAUCGUAAACGAGCUCUCGUACAUCAUCCAGAUCGACAUGCUAACUCGUCCGAGGAAGAGAAGAAGGAACAAGAACGUAAGUUUAAAGAAGUCGGUGAAGCCUACACGGUUCUGUCAGAUCCUGUGAAGAAAUCUCGCUACGACAACGGGUAUGAUAUAGAAGAUUUAGACCAGUCAGAAGUUGAUCCCCAGCAGAUGUUCCGGCAGUUCUUCCAGUUCCAAGGUGGCGAUGCUGGUUUUGGUGGAUUUGGCGGCGGCGGAAGCAAUUUCACAUUCCGCUUUGGUUAAAACACUAUGUCACUGAGUUAGAACUGCAUGGUUUACCCAACAAUAAUAAUAUUUAAACUGAGUAGAAUCAAUAGCCGCUGGAAAAAUUUUCAGCAUUUAUUUCAGAGUUAUAGUCACUCAGCAUAAGAAAUAACUUAAACUCAGCUGAAACCACACUAAUCAAAUUUAUGUUUAUGCUUUUAAAAAUCAGAAUGUAUCGAGGUAUAUCUUGUUUAUGCCUCGAGUGUGAUCUGGUAUCAAACAGUCAAAGUAGAGCUUUUUUAAACGAGCAGUCGUUUCGAUAAAACAUUCUGCAAUCUAAAGGUAACCGAUUUGAUUUUCCGUUGACAAGCGUUGUUGUACAACUGACAUGUGUAUCAGAUAAAUUGAACCUAUUCCGAUAAAUAGACAUAAAA